GUGCCGCCCGCCGCGGCUCCGCUCCGACCUCUCGCCCACCAGACUCAGACUCUCUCCCCUCGCAGAGAUAGCGGUGGCAAGGAGGCGGUGUUGCCGGGCACCUGCCUGCCCUCUCCCUGCCACCAAGCCGUGCCAAGGCCGUGCCAAAGCUGUCACGGCACCCGGCCCUCGGCUGACGCACGGCAUGGCCGGGCCGGCGCGGUGCGGGCUCCCCGCAGAUGCUCGCUGUCGGGAUGCGGCUCACAGCGCCCGCAGCGGGGAGGGAAGCAGAGCGGGAGCUGUCAGCCGGGAUGCGGGAUGGGAAUGGGUGGAGAUGACGGUGACACCUCGUGAGGCAGGAAUGUGUGAUGAAGACCUCGGGAGGAGGAAUCCCAGGCCGCUCGGACUCUGGACCUGCCUCUCCGCCCCGCAUUGGCUGCCGCGGCCGGUGCCGCCGGGGCGCUGCGGGACACCGGGGGCAGCCGCCCGCGGCUCUCACCGGGACCAUGAAGCUCCUGUGGCUGGGCGUGGAUGUCUCCAGGGUGCUGCACCUGGCCGCCGUGUUCUGCCUGACCUGCGUGCUGCUGAAAGCCAUCCAGCUGUUCCACCGGCGGAGGGAGCUGAUCCGGGCGCUGGCCGAUUUCCCCGGGUUCCCGACCCACUGGCUCUUCGGCCACGUCCACGAGUUUUUCAAGGAGGAAGAGGUGCUGGAUAAGGCAGAGAUCUGGAUGCAGAAGUACCCACAUGCUCACCCUAUGUGGUUUGGGAGUUUCUCAGCAUUCCUGGUUGUCACUGAUCCCGACUAUGCCAAGGUUCUGUUGGGUAGAGGAGAUCCCAAGGAUAACAUCGGCUAUAAAUACCUUGAACCAUGGAUUGGGAAUGGGUUGCUGAUUUUACAUGGGCCCAAAUGGCACCAACACCGAAAACUCCUGACUCCAGGGUUUCAUUACGACGUCUUGAAGCCGUACGUGGACCUGAUGGCAGAGUCCACAAACGUGAUGCUGGAUAAGUGGGAAAAGCUGACAGCAGAUGGGAAGUCAGUGGAGCUCUUUGAGCACGUCAGCUUGAUGACUCUGGAUAGCAUCAUGAAAUGUGCCUUCAGUUGUCACAGCGACUGCCAGACCAACAGGAAAAACACCUACAUCCAGGCUGUCUACGACCUCUGCCACAUGGUGCACCAGCGCCUCCGCAUCUUCCCCUACCACAAUGACAUCAUUUACUGGCUCAGCCCCCAUGGAUUUCGGUUCAGGAAGGCCUGCAGGAUUGCUCAUGACCACACAGACAAGGUGAUCCAUGAGCGAAAGGAAUCCCUUAAAGAUGAACAGGAAUUUGAAAAAAUCCAGAAGAAGAGACAUUUGGACUUCUUGGACAUUCUGCUGUGUGCCAAAGAUGAGAAUGGAGCUGCACUGUCUGAUGAGGACCUGCGUGCUGAGGUGGACACCUUCAUGUUUGAGGGCCAUGACACAACAGCCAGUGGCAUCUCCUGGCUCUUCUACUGCCUGGCAAUGCACCCUGAGCACCAGCAGCUGUGCAGGGAGGAGAUCCAGGGCAUCCUGGGGGACCGGGACACAAUCCAGUGGGAGGACCUGGCCAAGAUGACUUACAGCACCAUGUGCAUCAAGGAGAGCCUGCGCCUUUACCCCCCAGUGCCGGGCGUGUCCCGGCAGCUCAGCAAAGCCGUCACCUUCCCCGACGGACGCACUCUGCCCGAAGGCAGUGUCGCUGCAAUAAGCAUUUACCUCAUUCACAGAAACCCUGAAGUAUGGAAAGAUCCUUUGGUGUUUGACCCUUUGCGUUUUUCCCCGGAGAAUGUCUCUGGCAGGCACUCUCAUGCAUUUCUGCCUUUUUCUGCUGGAAUGAGGAAUUGCAUCGGGCAGCAGUUUGCCAUGAACGAGAUGAAGGUGGCCCUGGCUCUGACCCUGCUGCGCUUCGAGCUCUUGCCUGACCCUGCCAUGCCUCCCCUCAAAAUCACUCGGAUCAUCCUUCGCUCCAAGAACGGGAUUCACCUGUAUUUAAAGAAAAUCCACUGAUGCUGGAAAACAUCCUGCCUUCACCAGAGGGAGGGACCAAGCAGAUGACAGGACAGUGUUUCUCUGGGGCAGAAGUGCAGGGCAGGAUUUGGGGAUGAGGAUUCCUGAUUGCUGUGCUUCAUCCACCAGCUGAAAGCCCUUUUCAGGCUAGGUCCAGGUGGCUGGGAUGACACUGCACAGACCCACUGCCAUCUGCUCCAGGGCACUGGUCUGAGAGCAGCCAGGCAUGGCCACACUGUCUGUCCCCUUGCACUGCCAUAAGGGCUGGCCUGGCCUGGUCUGGGAACUUCUGCAGGUCCCACCAGCUUCCUUCCUACCAAAUCCUGCCUUCACACUUGUGCCCUGGCCAAAUCCGUGACAGUUUCCAGCCCUGCUCUGUCAUCAGCACCUUCCUCAGUGCCUAGAGGUCAGCCCUCCUCUCCUGCAGUGGGGACAGCCUGGGACAGACCUCUGUCCCACUUCUCACACUCAGUGGGUCUCUGUUUUGUUGAAAGCACUGAUUCCAGUUUGGACUCUCAAAUCGUGCCCAAACGGCAAAAUAUUCUGUAAUUUUUGUCUUAAUAAACCAAUAAUUUUUCCUGCAA